CAGCUGAGCGGCCGAGCGACAGUCCAGGCACAAGGAGGAAGGAGAGAAGACAACAGCCAGAACUAAACAACUGGGGCAAAAGCAAGGGGGAAAGGAAGGAAAGAAGGAACGAAGAUGGGGGCGUGGCACUAUCAGCAACAGCAGGAAUAAACCUGAGGGGGGGACCACACCGACACCCCCCCCCCAUAAAAGGUGAGCGCCGCAGAGGACAAUUGCCAGCACGAAAACAGCCCUAGAAAGUUGCUUCGUAAGUAACGGGUUUCCGAUGUGCAAGCCACUUCCGUGCUGGGAAGUGGCGUCUCCUGAGAAGAGGACCACAGAGAGGAAAGCUGGGAAAGGCUGUGUUUGUCUCUAAGUCAAUGUGGAGCCGCCUUCCAGACGUUGCUGGGUUCUCCAACUUCCACCAGCCCCAGAUGAGCAGGGAGGAUGCAAGCUGGAUGCCAGCAACACCUGGAGGGCCCCUUGAGAGCUGCUGCCAGUCAGAGGAGACAACGCUUGGCCGGUUGAAGACCUCGCAACGGCCCGUCUCAGCAGAAGGCGGCUUCACCAGGUGUAAAUUCCCACAUGUGCAGCCAGGUGUGGGUCCAGGUGUGGGUCUGGCUGCGUUUCCUCAGAGCCACAUCCGGCAUGGUUUGCACAGAUCGGCCUUGUGUAGUUUGGUGUGUUGUUUACACAGCUAGGCAGCAUGGGGUGGGAUAGGAUAAGCUGGCUUGGGAAUGUGGCGUGCGUGGUUUUUAUGGACUGCUAUUUUAAUGGGUUGUCACGGAUUCUUAUUUGCAGCGCAAAUAAGGGGCGUAUAAACCACCUAAAUAAAUAAGCCUAACACCCUCCGGUAGGUCGUGUGUAAACGGUUGUGUAUGCUGGCCUUUCGCCAUGGGCCAAAAACUAAACUUGACAGUGUGGUGUUGUUGACCGUGACCCGGUCCUGAUCCAAAUCUGGAGGGUAGGACUCGAACCAACGGCUUCGAGUUACGAGGAAGGAGUUUCUGACUAAACACCAGGGAAAACUUUCUGACAGCAAGAUCUGUUUGACAGUGAACAGGACCCACCCCACCCCCCUCAGAAGGUGGCGGACUCUCCUUCUUUGGAGGUUUUUAAGCAGAGUUUGGCUGGCCAUCUAUCUGGCAUGGAUGUUUUUGCUGAGAUUCCUGCAUUGCAGGGGGUUGGACUAGACCCUCGAGGUCCCUUCCGACACUACGAUUUUAUGAUUCUAUGGAUCGGGCCUCCUCCUUACACCUGCUGAUUUGCCAUGGGAGGAGAAGCCCCGAGGGAAGCCUAGAAGCUCCGUUCACCAGCCUCUGAGGGGACUGUCAAGGGCAGGGGGUUCCCAAACCCCCAAACUAAGGCCCAGGGGCCGGAUGCGGCCCAAUCGCCUUCUAAAUCCAGUCCGUGGAUGGUCCAGGAAUCAGCAUGUUUUUACCUGAGCAGAAUGUGUCCUUUUAUUUAAAAUGGGUUAUUUAUGGGGCCUACCUGGUGUUUUUACAUGAGUGUAGAAUGUGUCCUUUUAUGUAAAAUGCAUCUCUGGGUUAUUUGUGGGGCAUAGGAAUUCGUUCAUAUUUUUUUUUCAAAAUACAGUCCGGCCCCCCACAAGGUCUGAGGGACAGUGGACCGGCCCCCUGCUGAAAAAGUUUGCUGACCCCUGUGGACAAGGGCCUGGAAGAAAUGUGGGGCAGCCUCUCUCCUGUACCCCCCCCCAUCUUCCUUGGGGCUUCUUAAGGACCUGUCUGCCCUGAGGGAAGGCAGAAGCCCAGGCCAGGGGGAGGAAUUCAUCAUAGUGUUAAGCUUGUUCCAUCAGCGCAAGCUUGCUAGCCGGAACCAUCGACCCUGAGCCAAGUUGGGGGGCAGGGGGUGCACAAGGCCAGAGAGGGGGCAAGAAGCCCCAUGGCACCAGCAGAAGUCCUUGGUUGAAUGCAGGCCUGCACUUAUGUUGGCCUGAGAACGUUCUGCAGCAUCUGUUCAUUCUAAUGUUUGGCUUGGCAGUGCAGUAAAUAAAGAUUUGCAACCAGUUCCCCCACUAUUGCCUGCCCAUUGGUCAUUUGUUAAAAAACAACAGCAGCAGCAGCAAGGGGCAAACCAUGUCAACAGCAACUCGGUCUAGUUUGGCCUGCAGGGAGUGUCCUCUCUGGGUAGGAAUGUGUCAUGUGCGAGGAAGCCCUUUGGAGAAUGAGGAUUGGCCAUGUUUAGAAUUUAGAAAUCCUGGCAGCUUGAGCGGAACGUCCCCUUGAGGCUGCAAAAAUAUUCCUCCCUCCUACUCCCAAAGGGACCUUCUUGGUGUUGUUGAUGAGGGCCAAACAACUCUUGAGCACAGACCCUCCAAGUGCCCCUAUUUUCCAGGGACGUCCCUGAUUUAGAGAAGCUGUCCCGGUUUCUGAUUUGAUCCCAGAAUGUCCCGCUUUUCUUUCGACGUCCCAAUUUUCAUUGGAGAAUUAUUGGAGGGUAUGGAGUUAUCCGACCCCCCCAAGCCGCCUGAAGGCAAUCCUGUAUAGGGAAGUUUUACUUCUUUAAAUGUUUAAUGUUUUAUUAUGUAUUUAAUAUGUGUUGGAAGCCGCCCAGAGUGGCUGGGUCAACCCGGUAAGAUGUGUGGGGUAUAAAUAGUAAAAUGAGGCCUUCUGAAUGCAAGGCAUGUAUUUUUAAAAACGGCACAGUUCACACACUGAAGGGAAGUAUCAGCAGGUUUGGGGAAACCCCCCGAGGUUUGCAGAAAGAAGUGGACCAGAUCUUUAGAGGAAAAAAACUCUAAGGGGAGACCCCCACCAAGAGUCUGGUGAUUUCGUGGGCAUACAAUGCAGAUUAGGGCCACACCUGCGGCUAAUCAUUAAAUCAGUAUUGCACCACUUUAAGCAGUCAUGGCUUCCCCCAAAGGAGCCUGGGAACUGUAGUUUGUUAAAGGUACUGAGAGACUUGUUGGAACGCCCCUAUUCCCCUCACAGAGCUACAAUAUCCAGAAAUUCCCUGGGAAGAGGAAUUGAUUCCUAAAGCGCUCUGGGAAUUGUAGCUCCGUGAAGGGGAAAAGGGUCUUGUAACAACUUUCUCGGCACUUUUAACAAACUACGAUUCCCAGGAAUGUUCCAGUGGUGUAAAAGUGGACUUUGUGUGCGUGUACAUGUAUGGGGGACAGGGACAAAAAAACAAUGAUGUGGGGUGGGAAGACAGAAGUGAAUACCUUAAGGAGCAUCUCAAACCCCAGUGUUCAGCCUGGAUACUGAGGUUCUCCUCCAAGGGCCUUCUGGUGGUUCCCUCACUGCGAGAAGUGAGGUUACACAGGGAACCAGGCAGAGGGCCUUCUCAGUAGUGGCUCCCGCCCUGUGGAACGCCCUCCCUACAGAUGUCAAGGAAAUAAACAACUAUCUGACUUUUAGCAGACAUCUGAAGGCAACCCUGUAUUGGGAAGUUUUUAAUGUCUGAUGUUUUGGGUGUUUUUUAUAUGUUGUUGGAACUCUGAAUAUGAGCUCUCCAUACUGCAACAUUUUGUUGCAGGACCCAAUUGUACUUUACACCCCUCAGCCACACACAGCCACUUCUUUAGAUAAACAGAUUGCAGGGGUGGGGGAUGGGGAGCAGGUGGGAGCGCCUGACAGGCACCAGCGGGGACGUGAACUUUGUACAUUCCCAGAAACCCUCUUUUCUUUACCAUUAUGCCUUGUGUUUCCACAGCUAUGUCCUUGGUAUUUAAAAAAAGGAAACUUUGGGGAGGGUUUGAUAAAGAAAACGGUGCUCGUGGCAACUUUCAGACUUGGGUGGAAAGCGGAAUUUAUCUGCAGGUGUAGUAACUCGCCAUGGCGGGUUUGAAAUCCCCCUUUCAAAACGACUGUGGGGCCCUCUUCUCUUUUUCAGCCGGCCACCUAGGUUAGGGGGCUGAGCCUGCGUGAGAUUUAUUCCUGUGACACAGACCAAGCUCUGUGACUCAGCCCAGAAUUUGGAGAAGAAACUGAAAACAACAACCUCCCCUCCCCGCUGCAGGCCCAUGACUUGACAUGUUUUGCCUGACCACAGGGAGGGGAGAAGUCUAGUCUGGUGGGGGGGGGGCGACAAGACCAGAGGUACCUCCUGCUCUUUUGGUCCCUAUCCUCGUCCCUGCCAAGUUUUACAAGGAGCAGCAUUGAAGCCACAGAGGAACAGGCAGCUGACAGCCAGGGCCACCCUCUGGGCCUGAUACAAGUGAGAAAGCAGGCAAGGUAGGGGCAGGCUGAGUGACAUCCCACCCCUUGCCCCGUGGAGGGGAGACGUAGCUGGAAAGGAGAGGUGCCGUAACAGAAUAAGGGGGAAGGGAGGGGAGGCGCCACCUGGCUUUCCCAAUCAAGGCUCCUGUGCCCCUAAGAGCUGCGUGGCAGGCAGAAAUUCAAAAGGGGAAGCUUAUUCCCGCCCAUGCAUUUACGUGCCAGGUUCUGCUCAUCAUGCAGUUCUUAAAAGGCGCAGGAGCACAGCAGGGGGGGGGAGUUGGCAACCCUAAAUUGGAGUUCAUUUUUGCUGCUAACGAUGCGGCUUUCGGUGCCGAUCUUGGUUGCCUUUUCUAUUGGAUCUUAAUCUAUCAUGCUUUGUUUUGAUAUUGUGACACGUCACCCCAAUCUCCACGAGCAGGGUGAUAUUCCUGCGGCUCCAGGGUUUGUUGUUCCUUUUGGGCAUGAGGCACGGCAGAGACCAUGGUGUUUUUAUUAUGAUAUAUGGUUUUAUUGACACGUAUAAACAACCUGAGCCUAGGUUGAGGGACUGAAGAGCACCCGCAUACCAGGAGGGUCUGGCUUACCCCUUAAGGGCAGCAAAAAAGGCCUCCUCUCUUAGUUCUAGCUGGUCAUCCCCAGCAAACUCAGAGAUCUGCCCCUCCUUUUCCGACUCCAAAGACCCAGUCGUGACCUUUGCAUCUGCUCUCCAGCACCCAGCAAAUAAGGACCCCCCCCUUUGCCUGGCAACCUUGCCCUCUUGAUAGGCCUCCACUGCCCUUUGUCCCCUACUGAUGGCCUAUCCAGCUAGCUCUGUCCAGAUGGCUUGGCUCAUGAGUGUAACUAAAUCCUGUGGAUUUCCAUGUUCGGCAAAGUUUAAUCAAAUCUUGAUUAAUUUUAACUUUUACCACAUUUAUGGGCAUCUAGCACCUCCCUUUCUUUCUUUCUUUUUCAGAAUAAAUUUUUAUUGGUUUUUAUCCUUUGCAAUUUUAUAUACAAUAUAAUUCAAAUGUAUACAAAAUAUAGCUUUGCCAAGCUCUGACUUCCCUCCGUCUCCCCAGCAGGUAAAUUAGACUUCAUACACUCUAGCAUUUUCUAAAUUUUCCACCAUAUCCGAGAUAUAGGAUUUAUCCCAACCCCGCUAAUGUUUUCAUCCCUUUAUAAUUUUCUUUUACAUAUUCAACAUAUUUACUCCACUCCUUUUGAAAUCUCAAAUCAUCCUGAUCGCAAAUUCUGCAGGUCAGUUUGGCCAUUUCCAUCUAGCACCUCCCUUUCGAACUCAUAACAAUAUUUUGCUCUCUUUGAUGUUUUAUGAGAGUUUCUUUAUUUUUAUUGGGCAUGCAUGGGAGUGAUUUAACUGAGGGCUGCAGUAUUUCAAAAAGUGAAAAUCCAGACAGAAAUGCUUUUUGAGCUUUUAAUUUGGCAAAGUUGUUGAGCUUUUUUUUACACAUUCUCCAAAAAAGGGAAAGUUUCUGAGCUAAGGAAAUUCGCCUAAAGCCAACACUUUUUGAAAUAAAACCCAACCUGUGCAGCAGCAAACUACAGUGGUGCCUCGCAAGACAAAAGUAAUUCGUUCUGCAAGUCGCUUCGUCUAGCGAUAAACGGUUUGCCGUCGGGGGGGGGGGUCCCGCCGAAAAACGUCGUCUUGCGAAGCACGGCCAUAGAAAACUGUCUUGCGAGUCACCAAAAACAUCACAAAACGCUUUCGUCUUGCGAGCUUUUCAUCGCGCGAGGCAUUCGUCUUGCGAGGUACCACUGUACCGCGAUAAGAUGCAGGAGCAGGCAAGGCCACAUUUCCCAGGUCAGUUGGCUCCCCUACUUUAAUUCUUUCCCAGCCUUUCCCAGAGGUACCUGGUAUGCAUGGGACCAACCCGCCUAAGAUGGAAGACAGCGAGACAGACAAUAAGUGUAGCCAAUGGUGGUCCAAGCAAGAAUCACAGAAAUUCAAAGAAUCACAGAAUUGCAGAGUUGGGGGAGUCUUGUGCCUAUCACUGUCGUCUUGCCUGCUGAGUUCUACAACGGAAAACACUAAGGAACUGGAGGAGGAGGAAGAGGAGGAGGAGGAGGAGGAAUCUGACAGACCAAGCCACACCUCAGCCUGGUGGUCAGAAGGCAAGCAGGGGCAGGCUGCCCUCGGUGGGCACUGCCCUGCUUGCCCUCACGGCCCAGUUUCUGCUCUGACCCUCCCCUUCCUUCUAUUGUCUCCCAGCUGUCCAAAUUUAGCUUUAAACUCUUCAGAUCAAGGAGCUAUUGUUUGGGGGGAAAUGAGAAGGCGGGGAAAGAGGGUGUUUAUGCUAACAUAUAAAAAUGUUGUGCAAGUUGAUGGCACGUUGAUGAUGGAUUAACUGGGUUCAGUUAAUGCAUUCAGUGGCACUCAGCAAUGUUUCUGAAUACCAGUUGCUGGAAAUUGCAGAAGGGGAGAGGGCUCUUGUGCUCGGGUUCCUUCUUGCAGGUUCCCCCAAAAGGCCCCCGGUUGGCCACCGUGAGAACAGGAUGCUGGACGAGGUGGGCCGUGGGCCUGAUCCAGCAAUGCUUUUAGAAUCGUAGAGUUAGAAGGAACCCUGAGGAUAUUCUGGUCCAACCCCCUGCAAUGUAGAAAUAUGCCACUGUCCCAUACGCAGAUUGAACCUGCAAUCUUGAUAUUAUUAGCACCAUGCUGAUACCAACUGAGCUAUCUUCUUCAUAUACAGGCGAAACUCGGAAAAUUAGAAUAUCGUCAAAAAGUGCAUUUAUUUCAGUAAUGCAACUUAUUAUUAUUUAUUUUUUCUUUUAAUUUUUACAAAUGAUUUCUUUUGGAAAUUCCACAGUAAUAAAACAAAUAGUUACAAUAAUACAAAAAGGAACAAAAAUAAACAUCGCUAUUACAUUUCAUUAAUUACAUUCCAUUCAUAGUUGACCCACCUAACGACAAAUAAUUACAAUUGCAACAAAUAAAGGCUUGACAUAUCUUGCUUUGCAUGUCAUGCAUCUAUCUCAUAUAUUGGUUUUACCUUUUAAGUUGCAUUACUGAAAUAAAUGCACUUUCGACGAUAUUCUACUUUUCUGAAUUUCACCUGUAUAUAUGACUGUCUCCAACAAUAUUUCAAAGCAUUUAUCAUCAUAUAAUUAUUUUUUUAGCAUACAAAGUUUCUUCUUGACUUCCCACCCCUCCUUUCCUGAUGUUUGUUUUUUAUUCCUUUUUAAGAGCUAUUUUCUUCGGUUCUUAUGAAUUGACUGGGCUCAGAGACUAGAGAUUUAGCUGGAGCAUAUUUUUUCUUCUCCAAACACCCAGCCAUUCUUCAGAAAGCAGGAACUGCUACAUUCUGGGAUGAGACUUUGGGGGGGCAAGGGAACUGCUUAUCUCCUUUAUUCUCUGUUGCCCAGGACAAGGGGGGAAGCGAUUUCUCUGCAUAUUCGGCCACAAGAGUCUUCGGCCAGCAGGCAGAGAGUAAACCAAAAGAAGGAUGCAGGAAAUGGAUGUGAUAGUGGAAGAAGAGAUGCAACUGGAUGUCAGUGCAACAGCCACAGAAGAACAGCAGAUCCAGGCCUCCUCUCAAGAUGACCUCAGCCUCCUGCCAAACCCGGGUGCUCUUUUGCAUCCAAAGCAGAGAACACGGCAGACGGAUCCUGCGCGGCCCUGGAGGUCCCUGCCAGCCACCCCUACGGGGGAGAUGGAGAAAGACCAGAUGGUCUUCUUCUCUUCGCUGACCUCUCUCCAAGCGGAGGAGUUUUUUGACAUGGUGGCUAAAGUCCAGGCCCGGAGGCUUGAUGACCAGCGGGCUGAUUUUGAGGAGGGCGCAGAAAUGUGUGCGGGCAACUUGAGGGUCUCUGAAGAUAGGCUCUACGACACUAUCUUGGCGCAUCAGAGCCAGCGUCUCGAAGACCAGCGCACAGAGCCCCCCAUCCCAGUAGGAAUUCAGGGCCUGCUGGAUUUGCUGCUCAAAGCCCAAGGCACCCGGAUGGAAGACCAGCGUUCAGCUCUCCCUCCUGGCCUCGGUGGGCCGUCCUUGCUGGGGCCACACACUUCCUUCCCCAUGCAGUGCCUGAGUCCCCCGGCAGACUCCUCCCUCCAACAGAUGUGGUUCUAGUGACUCGAGACACAUUGCGCCGAAAGACAGAAUCCUUGCGAGGCCUAAACUAAGCAAGGCAGCGUGGACUGAGAAAUCGAGAUGGGCCGCUUCGAAAAAGUUUCAUACUGUGAAGGUAUCCUGUGUUGUAGAAAAAAAGAGGGUGGGUGCAAAACUCUCCAAAUGCAGCACCCUAUUUGAUUCCCGGCUAAGCUUUCUGUCCUCAACAAUUUAUGGCGUUUCCUUCUAACCCAUCUACGAGCAAAAUGGCCUGAACUGGUGGCAGAAGCAGUAGUGUGAUAUGUUUAUUGGGAGCCAUGGAAAGUCGGAAAGUUUCUGAGUCUGCUCUUAAUCUCAGGGUUGUGGGUUCGAGCCCCACAUUGGGCAAAAAGUUCCUGCAUUGCAGGGGGUUGGACUAGAUGAUCCUUGGGUUCCCUUCCAAAACUCUAUGACUCUAUGGUUCUACCUCUUCCUCAGGUGGGCAGAGAAAAGGGGGGGAGAGACCACACUGAUAAGCAAAUAGCAGACAUUAGGUAUGUAUGAUGCUAAUAAUUCCUGCCCCAAAGAAGGCCAUACGAGUGGAUAACCUGAUGUUCUAGAUCAGGCACCCCCAAACUGCGGCCCUCCAGAUGUUUUGGCCUACAACUCCCAUGAUCCCUAGCUAACAGGACCAGUGGUCAGGGAUGAUGGGAAUUGUAGUCCAAAACAUCUGGAGGGCCGCAGUUUGGGGGUGCCUGUUCUAGAUCUUUAGUUUUAGGAGGCAUCAAGCUGUUAGAACCAUCACUUUUUGCUAGAUUGAUCCACCAUCUUGCACUGUAUCCUCAUAGCAAUCUUUUAUGGCUGGGGAACCUGCAGCCCUCUUGAUAUUGCCAGACUUCACCCCCGGUCAGCGUGGCCAAUGAUCAUUGGAGCUGUAGUCUAUCAACAACUGGAGGGCCAUAAAGAAGUGCUGUGUCCCUAUUCUAAAAUUAGGGUCAGGAUGUAUUGGGGUGUUCGUGUGUGUGCAAUUGAAAUGUAAAAUCAGCUUAUUGAUGCUUGCUUUGAAAGAGAUCGGUUUUACAUGCUUCCAAUCUUUUAAAACAAUGAAGAUGGGACUGUCUUAUUUAGCUGCUUCCACGCUGUGUCCCGUAAUGCAAUCAUCUGGAAGUGUAAUUAAAAUGGCGGUUCUGCAAAUGGAGUUGUUUUCCUCCAUCCUGCCAAUACCAUCCCUGUCUGCACUACACAUUCGGGGUGCAGCUCUUGUGGGCCUAUGCAAAGAAUCCCAGCAGAGCAGAACCCCCUUUUUGUUCUUGUAAAGACGAGUGCAAAUGCGCCGAAUAUUAUCUGUGCGGUUGUUACAUGUUGUUUUUUUUAAUUUUUAUUUUAAGUAGUAGCAAACCAGGCAGAAUCACAACCCGGGAACUCGAUUGCGAUAGGGGUUUUUACCCGGCUUAUGUACAGCAGCCCACCUGCAAACCCUCGCUGCCCACAGCCGCAGUUGCCAGCUGCUGCAUUGCAAAGCUAAGAUAAAACGGCAGCGGUUGGCCGCCCUUGCGAGAAAAGUUUGUCGUUUUUAUGCACGGUUGCGCUUUAAUGUGGUCAUCAUAAUAAAACUUCCUUGCGUGUU